AUGAAUGAAGAAAUUGCUCUCGAGUACUUUUGUAAUCGGACCAAUCCGUUCUACUCGAAAAAGUCGGUCAAUGAAACCGUACGAAUGCAACAGAUUGGAAACAUUGAUCGGAAUGCUCUUCUUGAGAGUACUGAAGGUAUACGGUAUUCAAUUGAUUCGAAACGAUCCAAACCACCCACGUUAUAUAUCGUGAAAAAGGAAAAAGUUGAAAAAAAAGAUAAGAAUAAUCCUAAAUUAUUGAAUUUGUAUUAUAUUGCAGCAGGAAUUGUUUAUCAAUCUCCAUCUAUUUAUGAUGUUAUUCAGGCAAGAUCAUUUAAUGCUCUCAAUUUACUGAAUCAAACAUUUAAAGAAAUUCAACCUUUUGUGGAAUAUUCAGCCGAUGAUACCACCAAUCUUAAAAGCCCUGCACAACCAGAGGAUCAAAAUAUGGAAGAUGAAAUUUAUGUUGGAUCAAUUCCUCCCUAUUCUAUGCAAAUGCAAAAUCACGUCUCUAAAUUAAUUGACAUGAUCGAUAUGCAAACGAAUGCUCUUAUUCAAGAAAAACAAAACAGGAUACAACAACAGCAACAGCAAUUAAUGGCCACAAUGUCAACCACCUCUGGUACUGAGGUAGUGCUGCCACCUAAUCCUCCCCACUUUUGA